AUGCCUCUGCCAAGAGCCGACAGCGAGGCUCCGCCAGCCUACGACACAGAUCACAUUGGCCCCCAUAACGACAGCUACCGCAACUCCAGCAGCAAUGGAACUUUCGUCAACGAUAAUGACGGCGCUGGCUUUGGCCAGCGAAGAGUCUCCAAGGCCACUCUUCUUCGCAACCCUUUGGCUGGCAUGACUCGAGAAGAGGUCCUUGCUGACGUUGACGCUUUCGUCGAGUCCAAGGGCCUCUCCGAACACCGCGAAGAUUUCCGGAAGGGAGCUCUCGUCGCUCAAGUCAACAACACACCUGGUGGCUUUGAGAAAAUUGAGAUGCUCUCUGAAGAUGAGAAGGCGAUCUUGAGAAAGGAAGAGACAUCUCGAUGGCAUCAACCCUUUGCCUUGUACUUCCUCUGCACUCUUUGCGCUGGGUCAGCUAUCGUUCAGGGUAUGGAUCAGACCACCGUGAACGGUGCGCAGGAAUUCUACUUCAAAGAAUUCAAAAUUGAGAACGAAUGGAUGAAAGGUUUGACAAACGGUGCUCCUUACCUUUGUUCCGCUGUUGUCGGUUGCUGGACCAGUCCGAUUCUCAACAAGUACACCGGCCGCCGCGGAACCAUCUUCAUCUCUUGCGCUAUCUCUACGCUCACUGGCUUCUGGAUGUCUAUCACUACCUCCCUCUGGAAUUUCUUGUUCGCUCGUUUCAUGCUUGGUUUCGCUGUUGGCGCAAAAUCCAGCACAACACCCGUCUACUCUGCUGAAUCCACACCAAAGAACAUUCGUGGUGCUCUGACCAUGAUGUGGCAGAUGUGGACUGCUUUCGGCAUCGCCCUUGGCUUCAUCGUCUGUGUGGCUUUCCAAAACGUCACUAUAAUCGGUGGCGAGAACUCUCCAUGGCGAUGGAUGAUGGCUUCGACCUCUAUCCCCCCACUGAUUGUCAUGCUCCAAGUGUAUUUUUGUCCGGAAUCUCCCCGCUGGUACAUGGAGCGCGGCCGAUUUGACAAGGCUCUCCGAUCUGUCAAGAAGCUUCGCUUUUCCCCUGUCCAGGCUACACGUGAUAUGUACUACGCGUACAAACUACUCGAGAUUGAGCGUGGUGAGCGUGAAGGGCGAAAUCUACUAAAGGAGUUUUUCACCGUGCGCCGCAACAGACGCGCCGCCCAAAGUGCCUGGUUCUGCAUGUUCAUGCAACAAUUUUGUGGCGUAAACGUGAUCGCAUACUACUCUACUUCCAUUUUUACCGAUGCAAACUAUAGCCUGUCUGAAGCUCUCCUCGUAUCCAUGGGCGGCGGCAUCAUCAACUUCCUUUUCGCCAUCCCUGCAAUCUACACUAUUGAUACCUUUGGACGCAGAAACCUCCUUCUGGUUACCUUCCCUCUUAUGGCAGCAUGUCUCUUCUUCACCGGUGGAGUGUUCCAACUUGCGGACGAACCCCGUGACCCGAAGAUCGCUACCAUAACUUUGGGCCUCUAUCUCUUCAUGGCAGUCUAUUCUCCCGGUCUUGGACCUGUGCCCUUUACCUACAGCGCUGAGGCCUUCCCUCUACACAUUCGAGACAUUGGCAUGGCUUCCAGUACGGCUAUCACCUGGGGUUUCAACUUCAUCAUUAGUUUCACCUGGCCAGCUCUACGAAGAGCAUUCUCAAACACCGGUGCCUUUAGUUGGUAUGGUGCUUGGAACAUAUUUGGUUGGAUCUUCUGCUACUUCCUCCUCCCUGAGACCAAGAAUCUGACACUUGAGGAACUCGACAACGUCUUUGGUGUCUCUAACAGAGAGCAUGCUUCGUACUACUGGAGGAAGCUGCCAUGGUACCUCAAGAAGUACAUCUUGCGCAAGGAUGUUGCUCCUUUCCCUCCCCUGUAUGAGUUUACUGCCAAUGACGGACAUUACCCUCACGAGAAGCCUGACACCAGCCAUAUCGAGGGUAGCAAUGCUGUUGGGGGCACUCAGGAUAAGGAACUUUUUCCUGGACCCCGAUGA